AUGCCAGAGCCAGCCCCGCUCGGCGGGGACAGGAGAGCGGCGGAGAAGAAGCGGGUGGAGAAGGUGGGAGCCAAGGGCAGCGCUGCCGGGCCUCCAGUCCCCAGGAGCCUUCCCGUGCAGAGCAAGGUGGAGCCGCCCAGCCUGGACCCUGCUGAGGAGCCGCUGCUCUGGGAAGGGCUCACCCUCAACAAGUGCAUCCUGGUGGCCUCCGUCGUCGCCUUGCUCAGCGUCACCUUCCAGGUGCUCCAAGCGCCGUGCUCCAAGGAGGGGCUCGCCCGCGGCCGGCAGGAACCUCCGCCCCCUCCCGUUCCCGAGGUCGUGAGCCCCAAGGCGGAGGAGAUCCCGGAGGUGGUGACUGCCCAGCCUGCGCCGCCACCGGACAGCGGCGCGGUGGAGGAUGAUGAUGAUGAUGAUGACGGUGACGAUUACGAUGACAGCGAAGCUGACAGCAACCUGGCAGAACCCUGGAUCUUCAAGAAGUGGUUUGGCCGCACAACACCAGAGGAUGAGGAAAAGGAUGGGGACAAGGGUGAGGACAAGGAUGAGGAUGAAGACAAGGAUGAAGAACCUGCAGAUAUCCCUGAGGUACCAAUAGCUGUGAUGGAGGAGAAGAAGAGCCAGGAAAAGAAGCUGCCCCAGAAAAAGCGGGACCGGGAGAGGAAGGAGAGGAAGGAGAGGCGGCGGGAGCGGGAUGAGGCCAGGAGGGAGGGGUGGAAGGGCCGUCCCGGCAGGGCUGAGGGCGGCCGGGAGAGCCCGAGGCGGGACUGGAAGCAGCAGAAGGGCAGGAAGCCCUGGGAGCUGGCGCCGGGCAGGGACGGCAGGGCCAGGGAGGGCAAGAGACGCGACUGA